CUAGCUUCCAUCAUUAUCCAAAAUAGACGGGAAAAAAAAAUCUAUGAAGACCUGAAAUAUCACAGAAUCUUUAAUGACCACAAACCCAACUUUAUAUAUAAUAUCUGAUCAUUUGGGGGGUUUGUAGCAUUUUGGGGCUCUGCUUUAAUUUCCCUCCCCAGACAUGAUGAGUAAUAAAUAUUUAAGUAUUUUCUUGCAGUCUACCAAAAGUCCCUGUAAAUAGCUGUGACAUUUUGUAGGCCUUUUUUGUGUACGGGUCUGUUUUAAGGUUGUAAUUCAUUUCCGUGUGCUGUCAUCAUGUGAUCUGAGAUGUUCUUUCCUGCAGGUGUGAAGCUCUAAAAAAAAACCCAAAAAGAUGAAAUGUGUUGGCGACCUCGUGGUCUGAAGCUGUCGUUGUGAGUUUACCGAUCAAGCAGGAGAUCAGUAGACUCAUAUUCGUGCGCACCGAUGAACCAAAUCCUACCUCUGGACAUUUUAUGGAAUCGGGUUGUUGUUGUAAAAUCCUCCACCCGGUGGCAGAUUAUUUCUGAUGUCCAUUAGAGCAGAUUAAUGAAUUCUUUUCAGUGUCUGUAUUUAUUUGCUUUCAAUAAAAAGGCCUAUUCGUUCAAAUAUAAUUUCAAUUUACGGAGAAGAUCUUAUUUAGUUUUACUUCUGAUGGGACAGUUCCUGAGCUGUAGAUUUACAGAUAAUUGUGGGAUCCUUUUUGCGGAUAGUUUCGUGAUUGACACGUCGAUCUAAACCACUCUGGGCUCCGACAUAUCCUGCAAUUAUCAGGCUUCCCUUUUGUUAAAAGACUCCGUGAGCUUCAUCCGCAGCAGCUCCUGUACAGUACGCAUAAAUUACGCACGCCUUUUUUCACAAUCGUAUGGGUUAUAGGGAGGCAUUUAACAUGCUAAAGCACCAAAAAUAAAGAAAUAAAUAGCGUUAAAACAAAACAAAGACUAAAAUAGAGCAUUAACCUUAAAAACAAUAAAUCUGCAAAUUGUACAUUUGUUUUUUUCUCCCUUGCUAAUACAUGCACAAUAAUUACGCCUUAGUUGUGCACAUUCAAUUUAAAUGUUGUAUAAUAGUUUAAAAAUGUUGACUUUCUUACACAAAUAUUCAUAAUAAUGGUCAUUAAACCCACAUAAAAUUAAAAGUUUCCAAUUUAAUUCGACUUUCCACUAUGCAAGUUGUGUUUUUUGUAUUUUUAAGCAUCGUCAUUUUUCUUUUUGAACGUAAAUACAAUAAAAACUAUAAACUCAAACCUUAUAUAAAAGGUUUAUUUACUUGCGCCAGUAUUAAUUGCUGCGUCUCUGCCCGUACAGUCAGCACCAGCUGAAUAUUCCCAGUAGCAAAUAAAUGGCAAUUAUGUAAACAACUGUAAUUUACAUUGGGUGUUUUUCUCUCUCUGGCUGCUGCUGCUAUAAAUGUCUGAGAUAUCAAACACACACCAGCAGAGCCUGACUAACUUUCUGUCAUAACUGUUCCAAAGUGUGUCCAGCCUUCUCACGCAUAUGAAACUCUUUCCUCGCCCUCCCCCUUCUUUAACUAUAAGGCAGGCCAGAGAGCCCCACAAACUUUCACUCCAGCUCUGCAGAGACACUCCGGUUCUCCGCUGCUCUGCUCCGCUCUUCGUGGGUUUUUUUUUUUUGCAGCCCCGCACCUUCUCCCGAACCUCCGCAGACCUUUGGAGUUAAAACCCCUCAAUUUGAUUAACUUCCUGCGCGAAAGUGGAGCGAAAAAAGGGGGGAAAGGAGGAAAUCUUUCUGCUCUAAAUAAGGCUCUCUGAGGAGCAGCGGGCAACUCCUCGUCUCUGCAUAGCUUCCUUAACUUUCAGCGUCGCGCCCUGCAGCGUUUUCAAACUUUCUUUUUGCGUUAAAAAGCUAAAUCUGUGUGCCAGUUAACACCAGAACCCAUGUAUGGUACGGAUGGUACAAGUUUUGACGCACAUCGCCGACUCUUCCCCUGAUCCCUGCAGGCACCGAGCUUGGAGACACUGUACAGCUGUGAGACAUCCAGGGGUUCAUGUACUGGAAAAUGAAGUUUUGUCCCCUCUCUCAGAGGGAAAUAAGAUUCUGUCCGAAGGAAUCCCCACGAAGCAGGUGAUCUCCACCGAGCAUCACAGUACACCGGGAGCUUCGCGCUGCAGUGUGGACUCUAAACACACACCAAUGUCUCACUCGGACGGAGAGUCCCAGCGGUCCAACAUGGAGCGGGAGGACACCCGCUCGUCUCCCAGCACUCCGUCCACUCCCUCCGUGUGCUCGCCGACCUCCACCACCAGCUCGGUGCCGUCCACCGGGAAGAACCUGUGCGCCAGCUGCGGACUGGAGAUCCUGGACAGAUACUUGCUGAAGGUGAACAACCUGAUAUGGCACGUGCGCUGUCUGGAGUGUUCAGUGUGCAGGACGUCGCUGCGUCAACACAGCAGCUGCUACAUCAAGAACAAAGAGAUCUUCUGUAAAAUGGAUUAUUUCAGUAGGUUUGGUACUAAGUGUGCCCGUUGUGGGCGGCAGAUUUACGCCAGCGACUGGGUGCGCCGCGCCAGGGGAAACGCAUACCACUUGGCAUGCUUCGCCUGCUACUCAUGCAAGAGGCAGCUUUCCACGGGAGAGGAGUUUGGCUUGGUGGAGGAGAAGGUCUUGUGCAGGAUCCACUACGACACCAUGGUGGAGAACCUCAAACGAGCUGCUGAGAGCGGCAACGGCAUCACACUAGAAGGAGCGGUUCCAACAGAACAAGACAGUCAACCCAAACCGGCCAAAAGGGCGCGGACGUCUUUCACCGCCGAACAGCUACAAAUCAUGCAGGCACAGUUUGCUCAGGACAACAACCCAGAUGCUCAAACGCUACAGAAACUAGCCGACAUGACGGGCCUGAGCAGGAGAGUUAUACAGGUGUGGUUUCAAAACUGCAGAGCAAGACAUAAAAAGCACACGCCCCAGCACAGUGCUUCCCAAGGUCACCCUCAGUCCAGGAUCCCCUCGUCGCUGCCCGAUGAGCUGCAUUACUCCCCGUUUGGCAGUCCAGAGCGAGCGCGCAUGGUGGCCCUGCAUGGCUACAUCGACAGUCAUCCCUUCUCCGUCCUGACCUCUCAGAGCCUCCCUCACCAGGCCAUGUCGCUGCCCCAGCUACCCCUCAGCCGCUAGUCCCCCACCUCGACCACUCGUGACCCCCUUAACCUCCGGACCCUCACCCUUGAUCUCCCCUUCAGCGACCGACCUGACUCCAAAAGGUCAGGCAGGAGUCAACUUGGAGAAAAAGACUAAUCUAACAGGAGCCCUGCCCUCUUGGACACAGAAAAAUCGGAAGAAAGAGGAAACAAACUGAGAUACAUCUGUCGUUGUGUUCUUUUCUUUCUGGGGACAGGAAUAUCUCACCUGCAGCCAGUUUCUCAAACAAUGAUUGUGAAGCGUUUAUCACUAGCGGGAACUCACAGACUGUGAUUUUACACCACAUAAUGGACCCAUUUUUGCUUCACGUGUACAGCAUCACGUUACCCGCCUCCUAACUGGAAGGUGAAGGGAGUUUUAAGGGAAUGAAACACACCAAGGAAGCAGGACUGAAGCUUCUCGAGUGCCGUCAGAAGAUAAAUUUAAAGGGGGAAACUGUCGCUGUGGGCUCAACACAGUAGACCACAGUAGAGGUAAGACUCCUCCCUCUUUUCUCUCUAAGCAACAUGAAGGAAACCUAAAUGUCAACAGAAUACUUUGAUUGUAGAGAUAUUUUCUUUUUGGAAUGACAUGUUGACUGUAUGGCAUCUCAAAAAAAUAGAAACUUCCCACUUUCAGUUGUCCAGAAUUACAUUUCUGUUAAAGAAAAAGAACAUUAUGUGCCUUAUCUUCCAUUAUUAAGAGAAAUUAAACUGAUUAUUCAUCAUUAAACAAUGACUUUGAGUUUUAUUAUAUAUGGACCGAUUCCAUAUAUAAUUCAGAAAUUGCGAAAUACGUCUCAGCUGUAGCAUUUUGACUGUUUAUCAUGAAGUAAAACCACAAAAUUCAACAUUAGAGCUCGUGUAUUGUUAGCUAUAAACAGUAGAAACAGGUGUGAACAGAACAGAGGGAAGUCUGAGAUGAACAUACUAGUCAAUCUACACAUUCCUGCAAAAUCUGACAUGUUACAUAUUUUCAUAUUUCCAAACUGGUGUAUUGUCACUAAUUUAUAAUUUAUACGGUUGCCUGUUCAGCCUCUGUGUGCUUCACACAAGGAGGGAAAAUGGAGUAUUGGUACAAUAUGGACAAUAUAAAGCUGACUGGGUUUGUAUAUAGUAAGACGUGUGGUGUGUGUGCGCAGUGUGUUUCCGUGUGCGUGUGUAUGUGCGUGUACUGGCAGGGGUAGAGAGUGUGCAUCUGUAUUUUAGUGCCAUGGCCAUUGUGUGAAGAACAGGAUCCAACAAGACCUCAAUGUCCUUGUAUAUUUAUUGAGAUGGUAAAAAUCCCUGUAAAGCACUUUCCCCUCCACCUCCUUCUGAAAUUGUUUUGUUUUGUUAAAAAAAAAAACACAUGAAAUGAAACAAAAAGUUUAUUUGAUAGACUGUGCAUCAUAAAUGUUUUGUGUAAUAAAAUGCAAUAAAAUAGAAUGUGAUAUUUC